GACUGUAUUUGUCCAUCCAUCCGUCCAAUGCGGAAUAAAUAAUUUGUGCUGAAUGUUUUGCCUUUCUCAUUUGCAAAAAAAAAUUAUGGUCAAUGUUUAGUGGUGAUUGAUGGAAUAUUAGUUGAAAACACGAUAAAGGCUUUUGGUCCCAUAGAACUCCCACAGUUUGGCUGGUCCUCUGAUCUCAUAUUGUUAUGUGUAUUUUAAAGGUCCAAUGUGAUGAAAUGCAUGACUUUUAGUAUGUUAUUAAUGGAAAAAAAACAGCACCCGGUAUGGACCCAUGCCUUUUUUCACCACUAAACAUGAUUUUGACAUAUAUGGCUUUUUGUAACUCCCGCCAUGAAAAUCCUGUCAAAGGAUUUGUUUUCGAGAAGAAGUAGGAAGUGACGUUAAUAGCAGUAGCGCAGUCGGGCUGGCUCGUCUGUUUAUACUAGUUUUACCUGCUGGAAGGUAGCUCGUUGUUCCUUCGUUUUAGCCAAAAUGCCGGCUCGACUUAUUGCUGGAUAUUGUUCGAACACUCUGGAGGAUGGAUUUACUAUUCAUACUUUUCAAAAAGACCAAGUUCGUCGUGAAAAAUGGAUUGCACAAUUGCAAAGGACGAGAUCUUUUUGGGUUCCAAAUGACAGGUAGGUGCAUAUAGAGCUGCUAAAAAUAAAACAAUAGUUUGGGGGCAGGGGUUGUAAUCCGUAAAUCAGGGGUGCUAAAUGUGUCAAUGUGCGCAUCGGAAGGCUUCCGUGCAGCAGCCGCUGAAGAACAGCCUCCGCAGGCCUUGUGGAUCGCCACCGGCCUUGUCGACAAGGCCAAGCCGGCCAUAUCAUCUAAAUAUGGCUAGAAACGAAAAUAUAAGAUAUUCCCCCAGUUGCUUCACUCAGUAGUGAGAUGUUCUCUUCUUCGAAAAGAGUGUUUGUAUCCCAUAGUUAAGGGCCACAGCGUGUUUUCAAUGGCAAAUGUCUGGGGUGACAUCACAGGCAGUAGAUGCAGCCGAUAUGGUGACCACUUGGAUGUCAAAUGACACUUCCGCAACUUUUUAUUUUUCAUUACAAUAUCUAUUUUAGAAUGUUUAUAGGGAUGACACUUGGGCUUUAAAGUGAAGCUGUUCUAGGGAUCCAAAACUACCUGCCAAUCUCCAUACCGCCAUGGGUAACACCAACAAGCUGUCAAAGGAAUGUUGGGGACAAGAUUUGAGACCUGGUGUUGGUUAAACAGCAAACAACAAAACUGUCAAACGGCACUCCAUAAAACUACAGUAUGUAUUAUAAAAAUAAGCAGAAUUGACAUCAUAGUAUUAAAGAGGAAACUGUCACAGGGCAUCAAUUGAAUGGCCAUUGUGUUGCACUUCCUGGUGUGCCUGCCUUGCCCACUUGGGGGCAGUACAAGAUAUCCAGACAGCUAUACUGUUCACUGAGAUGUUACAGCUCUUCACAGCUCAUCAGUACAGUCAAAAUAUUAGUUGUUCUUCACAGAGGAUAAAGAAUAUGUGUAUCGAGCAGUCCAAAAUCAGCUGGGAGGGACUCCAUCUUUACCCUGAAUAGGAUAAGCGAUGGAUGGAUGGAUGGUGGAUGCUUUGGACGUGUGGCAGACAUGAAAAGUCCAGCCUUAAACGCCACAAGAGUCUCCCAAUACGCUGGACGCCAAACUUCUCUCCUACCAAGGUGCUGCUGAGUGGGUCAUCGUGUGGCAUUAAAGGGGAAAAGGCCAAUGGUUGGAAAACUAACAGAAAAAAAAAGAGAGCAGCAGCUUCCUGGAGGCCUGUGGAGACAUGCAGAGGUCCAAGCACCGGGAGAACUGGCCAUGCGUGACGCACACUCCUCAGGCUCCUCUUAAACUUUUGGAAGCAAAGGGUAAAGAGUGAAGAGCGUCUGACAGAUGUUGCCGUGGACGCCCCAAAGAGUGAAAUGUCAUUCAAAGUGUUCACUUCACAGCUCCUUUGGAUGGAGGAGAGGAGCGACACCCGAGGAGAGACUCCAAAACUUCACUUUCCUUCGAGGAAAUACAACCGUGGUGGAUUCAAUGACCUCAAAUCACAAUACUUUAUAUUUUACCCAGGAGAUGAAAUCCGUUUUCUACGGUGAGUCAGUGCAGGGACGGCAAAGCAACAAGCGAAAUAUAUAGAUCAAGUCAAUAAAUAGCUUCAUGGAAGAUAAACGAUAGCAAACCGUUGAAAUUCCAGCCCAAAUCUGUUAUAAAAACUAUACUAUAUACUAUAAAAUACAUUUUCUAUGCUCAGUAUGUGUGAUGCAGCAUAAAUGCAGUGCAGUAUAUAAGAACACAGUAGGUAACUCAUUUUAAACUACAGCUAUGAAACAAUUUUUAAAUAAAAUCCAAAUCACCAUGCACGUAUUGGUGUAUUUGGAUUUAUUGUAAUUCAUACUGUCUUUUUAAUGUAUCAUUAGUUCAAUUUGUUGUGACUCUUGUCAGCUGGGGACCCAAAUUUUCCUUUUUUUUUGUUUAGUUGCAACCUAAUUUUCUGUAAGUUAGCAACAAAAAAGUCUCUCUUGCCCUGUGUUAUCCAUGUAGAAUUAAUGGUACUAUGUAUUAUGUCCAAAGAAUUAACCCUUCUCAGGCAUAACUAUUAAAAUGUUAUUAGCCAAAUAAAAGACAAGUCAAACGUGGGAUGCAUGUUAAAUGGUUGUCUGUACAGCGAGUCCUCAAUUUACAAUGGAGUUCCGCUCCUAAUAAUGUGUAUAAGUCACAGUAUGUCACAGUUUACAGCUCAUCUAUGCCGAUCCAAUAUGUAGUUAAGCCAAAAUUGCAGUAAAUUCUGUUCAUGUAUGAAAAACCAUAAAAUAAUGAAAUGAAAAGCAGUCAUAUCCCAGUCCAAUCGUGAAUCAAUGACCCCUCCCCCAUGUCAUUUUUUUAUUACCUGUCUCCAACCUGCCUACAAAAAAAAAAUCCUUGACCCACUUUUGGGGGUCCAUGACUGUGUACUGUAGUGUCUAUCAACUAAUGCGCAUACUAUAAAUCUUGCCUGUUUUUUAACUAACCUUUUCCCACAGCAUUCCUUUUGACAUUAUCAACAAGUAAAUAAUAGGACGCACAAGGCUAGCAAAUUGCUAUCUACAAAAAAAAAAACAACAACACAAAGGCAUUAUAAUGUUAGGUGGGUUAGCUUGUCACAUUUUUGUGUUUUAAUGUGUGUUUCUCCUUCCUGUGUGGAGCUUGCAUACUCUAUCCAUGCUUGUAUUGAAAUUACAGCAACAAAAUAUGCAUGUUAGGUUAAUUGAAAAGAAAAGUUGUCAAAUACUGUUAAUGGGAGUGUGAAUGGCUGCCUUGCCAACUUAUAUCUUGUGAUUGACUGGCUACCAGAUCAUCGUGAGAAAGACAAGAUAUGAGGAAGCAAAUUGUGAACUUUUGUAAGAAUGGUUUAUUCUUGGGCGCAAUAUCCAGAUAUCUGAAGGGGCCAUGUUCAUCUGUUCUAACCAUAUACGCAAGUCUUACCAUUAUGGCAAUGUCCUGUCGUCAUACUGCUCAGGGAGGAGACAAGUUCUGAGUCCCAAAGAUGAAUGUGCGCUGGUACGAAAUGGGCAUAGUAAUCCAAGAACAAAAUUAAAAUACCUUCAAAAGAUAGUGUCUGUUAACAGUGCGUCUUCAUUCUUUAAAAAUGUAUACAAAAGAAAUGCAAUGCUAAUUAUUGAGAAAACUACACUAACCAAAGGCAAUCACAGCGAUGGCUGGCCCAACCCAACCAGACUACCAAUUUACCGGUGGAUCACUCGGCUCGUUUGUGGAUGAAGAAUGCAGCUAACAUUGCAAAUGAAUGUGAAUUGCAUGAUAAAUACAUUUCAGGUACUUUGAAUGAAUCUCACAGCCCUGGGUAUCUUACAAUCAAUCAAGGGCUGAUCCGCCGGAUGCCGAAUUCAAGCAUAUUAGGAUUUCGUCAGGUGCAGCGAGUGAAGAAGUACAUUUGAAAUAAUGAUAUAGAGGAUUACUUCAAACCGUAGGCAGUUUGAUAUCAUGCUAGAAUGUAUUGUAGCACCGCACAGCUCUACAGAAGAAUAAGAAUAUGUCAACACCCUGAAUAGAUAGGCAUACUUGGUUAUAACUGUAUUUAAUGUUUUACUGUAACAUAAUGUUCUUGCAUUGGUUUAUGGUGUAUUCUGAUGUCUGUGCAAAAUUGUCUUAUGUGCCAUCGUGGAAACAGAGCUACGUCCAUGUUUUGUUGGGUUCAUAAAACGGAUUUUGCGUUCAUCCAUUUGUAUUCUAGAAUCUUUUAAACAUUUGUUAGGUGGGGCGCAUUAUGGCCAUCGAGAAAGAUAAGAUGUUGAAAACAUUUGUGGCAUUUUGGCCCCUCAUAAACUUUCAUACCACGGCACUGACAGUGUUGAAUUCUACUACAAAUUGAAUAAUUUGAUGAAAUAUUCGCAAGAACAACAGAACCCUUGUUCUGCUAAACUGCCUUAACCACUAGUGUCUUUAUCCAAAUGGAAGUUGUGAAGCAGAAUAAUCCAUUAAAUGCUCAUUAGACAGAAACAUUUAGACUUUAUGAAUAUUAAAUUCACCCAGUGGCAAACCUGGCACACACUGCGCCUUGCCAUGCAUGAAUGUAACAUAACCAAAUUUACAGACUCACCAAUGCAAACUCGUCGUGGCUUACAAUAUGACUCGGACUUCCUUGUAAUAGUUCACCUUAUGUGUAGUGUAGUGGUUUCUCUGUUGAGGUGUAAAUGAGAGGCAUACUUGACCUCAGUAGGUCCAAUACUGCCAUUGACGGCUGUUGAAUUCAAAUCUCCACGUUAAAACGGGGCGGAAUGGUGGAUCAGCUGGGUAAAGUGUUGGCCCCAUAGUUCUGAGUACCCGGGUUUGAUCCUGGCGCCGCCUGUGUGGAGUUUGCAUGUUCUCCUAGUGCCUGCGUGGGUUUUCUCUGGGCAUUCCUCCCACAUCCCUAAAACAUGCAACAUUAAUUGGACACUAAAUUGCCCCUCGGUGUGAUUGUGAGUGUGGCUAUUUGUCUCAAUGUGCCCUGCGAUUGCCUGGCAACCAGUUCAGGGUGUACCCCGCCUCCUGCCCGUUGACAGCUGGGAUAGGCUUCAGCACUCCCCGCGACCCUAGUGAGGAUAAGCGGCAAAGAAAAUAGAUGGAUGGACUUUAAAACGGACCACUGGCAGUGAAAUAUUUUGCCAUGCAUUGUAGUGAAAGUAUAGACUCCAGUUUUAGUUUAAUUUUAACUUGAUUUUUUUUGAAGGUACAGCAAGUAGUCAUCCAAUCAGCUAUCCAACAUUUCCGAGACCUUUCAAGAAAUAUUCCUCGAGCAUGGUCUAAAUUAUAUUUAGAGCAUCAUUUCAUGUACCACGUGCAGCCCAACAUUACAGUACUGCAAAUUGCUAUAAUAAACAUUGUUACAGAAAUACAUCAAAACAUCUUAAUAUUGUAUUACUUCAAGAGGCGUCCCAAUGUUGUAGGCUGUGACCCGACAUCACCGUCGCAUGAUUGCUUUCUAUUGGCUCCUUGUCUCCUCCUCCUGGAGAGGCACACAAACCAAUCAGUAGAUAAUUUGGAAAGGGGGGUGUGGGGGUGUGUGGUGGUAGUGAAAUCGUCUGCGCGUUUGCAUCAUUGCGCCACGCACCAGCGGGUGUCGUGACGGACAGUGAUAAGUGGGAGUGGGAUCCUGGAGCGGCGGCAGUGCACAUGAACGCUCGAUCGGAUAACUUGCUCGUCGUGGGACCACCAGGCAGCACAUCGCCACAGAACGUGUCCAGCAGUUUAGCGAUGGAUCACGCCUUUGUAGCUCGGUCCAUGUGGCCGGGUGAUGGUAAAUUCGUGCAGCAUCCCAGCGAGCUCCACACCAGCGUGGUGGUGACGCGCAGCAUCCCCGCCGGCACCAGCUUCGGGCCGUGUCUGCUCCAGCACACUUUUUACGACACCCUCGAUUUCAUUGCGCAGAAAUCCACUGACAGGAGAUCCAAAUCCUGCGUAUUCAGGGUGGACCCAGACGCGAUGCGCAAUUCCGCUUUGGUACUGUCGUGGCUGCGGCUGGUGCAGGCUGCGCGCAACCAAGAGGAGCAGAACACAGAGGCCUUUUUAAAAGGAGGGAAACUCUACGUCCGGACCACCAGAGACGUCCACCAGGAGGAGGAACUGCUGGUGUGGUACGACCAGGAGCUGUGCCAUCUUCUGGGCUUCACAGACACGACCAGAGGCUCGAGUGAAGAGUUCAAAUGUGUCAGGUGUGAGCAGGUGUUCAAGAAUGAAUAUCCCUUCCUGGCUCAUUGCCGCUUCCUGUGCACGCAAGUCAAGAGCGACGCGUUGAGCUGCGAUGUUUACGACGAGCACAAGUUCGUAGAAGUCAAGAGGCCGCGUCGUGUAACAGAUUUCCACAACAUCGCCAGAGAUUUGGAACACAAAAAAAGUGACCAUGACGACGAUACUUCUCACGAAAAUAAACGGAAAUACCAAGAAACUGUUUAUCUGAGGGGGAGGAAAACAGUCCUGUUGGAAAAAACUAAUAUUUCAAAUGACGACAACAUUACACAGCUGGCCAGGGUUCAGGAUGAGACUGGAGGGGAGGAAUCUGACUCAGCCUUGAAGAUAAAAGGUGACAGAACCAAAGUAGAUCAUUUGGGAUGUAAAAAUACAACUUUCGGAGAGCCAAGAGAAGCCAAACUGACUAUUACGCAUAACGUGUUGAUGGACUCUGAGACAGGAGAGAGCUCUGGUCUGCGCUCCAGCUGCGGGAGCGCUUUUUCUUUAGUCCACUCUGACAGUCGAGAACAGAGAAGCGCUUUUUGUAAACCCAGCAAAAGGAUCUCCGCAGGCGAGCUGCAUCACAGCAGCCCUCCGACGGGACUUCCAAGCGGCCUGGAGGUGAUGAGAGAGGCGUUUAUGCACAGGACUGUUUCUGGAUACAGCAACCUGAUGGCUCCCAGCAUCCUCAGCGGUGACGUUCACACGCUGCCUUCCCCGGUCACAUUAAACACCGCCUUCCAUUACGCCCCUGAACACUGGUCAAGAACCGCUCAGGCCCAGUCCACUUCGGCUCUGACAGUCCUCCCGCCCACCUUCACCUCCUUUGGCGUGUCGGUGCAAAACUGGUGCGCCAAGUGCAACCUGUCUUUCCGCAUGACCUCUGACCUCGUCUUCCACAUGCGCUCGCACCACAAGAAGGAGUUUGCCGCAGAAUCCCAGGUGAAGAGGAGGCGGGAGGAGAAGCUCACCUGCCCCAUCUGUCACGAAUACUUCCGAGAGCGCCACCACCUGUCCAGACACAUGACGUCACACAAUUGAGACCUCACGUGGCAAAAGAAAAAUGUAUUUAUUCUUGAAUCGAGGCUUAUCUAUUUAACAGCCCUCGAGCCCUGGAUCACAGCAAGACGUUGGUGUUUAAUAAUGAAUGUAGGUAGCAGAUGCCUAACACAGCCAUGUCCACUAGGGGACGGCAGAGGUACGCGGACUCUGACCUCGAAGCCCCUUGUCUGUCCUUCAGGCCGGUAUCUCGAUCGUGUGAUGAAGACUUUGUGCCUUAAGGAACUCAGGAUGGAAAAUAGAUGGGAGGUGUGGAGGACAGCUCAUGAUUGUCACGCACAUCUCCAAGACGUCCUGUUAUUUAUCGAUCCGCUUUGUACAUGCAUUGUGUGUGUUUGCACCUUUACAAAUCAAACUUGUCAACAUGAAAUAAGAUGUGUUGUGUGUUUUUUUCUAUUCCUUUUUAAAACAUACAUCUUAGUUUUGGCAUUUAAUCUCCAAGAACCA